UGUAAUUUUGCGCGCGGUGCCGGGGAAGUCAGCUGCAUAUGCUCCGUGUCGUUGCGGAAUUCAGACGCAUCCGCAUCUCGAUUGCAGUCGGUGUCAGCUUUGGAGGAAAAUUUUUUUAAAAUUUUUCUUUUGGUUUUGAUUAGAAAAAUCGCCAAAAAUGCCGGUUGUGGGAACAGGCCGCGCCAGUGCCAGCUCGGUGUCGAUGGGCAACACCCUGACCCGGGAGUUUCUUUUGCUUAUGCAGGACAGUACGUCGAAUCGGCGAAAGCGUUUCUUUAAAUUGCUGGUGGUGUUAGCGGUGCCCAUGGCGGUUUUAGUGCUGCAGUGUUCGGUGGUUAUCAUAAAAGCGCUACAUUCUAAAUCGGAAGCAACGCGUACCACGGAAACCAUCACGACAACCAUACAAACGGCCACGAUUGUUACCAGACUGCAACGGGAGAGAGGAAUGACCAGUUUGUUUCUCAGCUCGCACAGCCCCGAAGCCUGGAAGAAUGUGGUGAAUUUUCGAAAAUCAUCGGACGCCGGGAUUGCUGCGGUGGAACAUUGGCCCGGUAACGUCAACGAUGGACCGGCGCUCGCCACAAGGGAUGCGUUCCGAGACACUCUAGUGGAGCACCGGAUACCGCAAACAUCCAACCAUACCUCCAUAGAAGAAGUGUUUUGGUAUACGAAGUUAAUAACCGGGGCUUUGAAGCUGAUGAAUCGUGAUAUCCGACUGAGCGGCGAUGUCGGAGGACAGCUAUGGACAUAUCUAUUUGCCUACGAAUCCUUUGUCAAUGCCAAAGAGUGUUGGGGAAUUCAGCGCGCUCUGGGUAGCGCAUAUUAUGGGCGCGGCUAUCAUGUACCAGACGAGAAAAAAUUAUUUUACGAAGUGUACCUGAAAGCACAGACCUUUCUCAGUCUGUGCUUCGAUCAUUCGCAACGCAGUCGCGCACUCUAUGAUUCCCUGGUGGCCGAUAAAACAUACCUCCUCGAUUACAUCAAUGCGGUGAGGAAAACCGUCCUGGAAGUGCCCAACGUCACCGCUGAUGCGCAAACCGGGCUGAACUGGUUCGGGAAUAUGACAACCUAUAUUGAUUUAACAAGCGGAAUCGAAACGGAUUUGACCAACACCAUUCAAGAUCAGCUGGCCGCGCAGGUAGCGACUGCACAAGGAGAACUGUCCGAAGCGCUGACCUUUCUGAUUAUCGUCUCCAUCGUGUGUCCGCCGCUUUGUGUCUGGUAUUUCCUAUCGGUCAGUCGCAUUAACCGCACCAUCGGCAAGUCGGCCAAAGCGCUAGCAAACCAGACCACGGAACUAUCGGCCGAAAAGCGAAAAGGAGAAAAAUUGCUGCACAGAAUGUUGCCGCCUACCAUAGCCGAUGCUCUAAAACGUGGGGAAAACGUAUCGGCGGAACAUUUCGACAGUACCACGAAAAUCUCCUCGCGCAGUACACCGCUGCAGGUGGUGGAACUACUCAACGGCCUAUACACCAAAUUCGACUCGGAGCUGGACUCGCAUGAUGUCUACAAAGUGGAGACCAUUGGGGAUGCGUACAUGGUGGUCAGCGGACUGCCGCAACGGAACGGCAAUGCCCAUGGCAACGAGAUCGCCACGCUGUCACUGGAACUACUUAAGAUUGUGUACGAUUUUAAGAUCCCUCAUUUGCCGACAGAUCGCCUGAAGCUGCGCAUUGGACUCCAUACAGGUCCCGUUCUGGCCGGUGUGGUUGGUAAGAAAAUGCCGCGCUAUUGCCUAUUUGGACCAACGGUUGCGGAUGCCGCAACGAUGGAACAAAGUGGAUUACCUUUGCGUGUGCAUAUAAGCCAGACGUGCAAGAAUCUCCUGGAUAAACUUGGGGGCUUUGAGUGCGUAAAGCGCGCGCGGGAAUCCGCGGAUAACUUGGAGACCACGUACUGGUUGCUUGCUAAAGACGGCUACAAAUUUCGCGCAGAUGCUCCGGAACUGUUGUAGUUACAGAUGGCGACCGGUAUUGAUAUCAGUUUGUCCAUUUAACGCUUGCCAGGUUAUGCGUAAAUGUGUUGUACGAGUACCACUUAAUUUAUUUCAUUUAAGUCGUUCCAGAAACUAUAAAAGCAUGCUUCCAGAAAGUUUACGCUUGUGGCUGUAUUGGUACAUGUAUUUACAAAAUUGGAGUUGUUGAAAGUUAAUACUAUGUCACUCAUCAAUGGUGCAAUUUGCCGUCUUUCUG